AUGACUACUGAUAUUGUUUUGUCAGAAAUAUUAGGCGUCAUUCUUAUUUUCAAUGUAAUUAUUGCGGAUGAUCCAUGUAAAUAUGAAAUACCCAAUAAAGGUCUAAUUGAUCUUUCAUCUAUUGGCAAGAUGGAUGGAACACCGGUUUGGAAAGAUAUUCCACCAGAUAAAACCGAAAAUUAUGGCAAUCUAGUCUAUACAUCGGCUGAUCGCACCAAACAAUUAUUCGUUGAUAUACAGUGUAUUCAAUCGGAUGAGCACAAACUUGAAGUACAUGGUGAAACUAAAAUGAAUGAAUAUCAUAUGACAUUAUCUACUAAAUGUGCAUGUUGGAAUGGUUGUAAAGAUAGUCCAAAACCAACAAAACCAAACAGUCUCACUACUGGAACUAUUCUGAUUAUCAUACUUGUAGCUGUUGUGUUUCUCUAUUUGAUCACGUUUAUAUCGUAUAAUCGUUUCCGUCUUCAACGAUCCGGUAUUGAUCUUAUUCCUCAUCGCAAAUUUUGGAUUGUCCUGCCUGGUUAUGCUAAAGAUGGUAUCAUUUUUGUCUAUCAUCGUGCUAUAUGUUCUAGUCGAGGUGUGUACCAAUCAGUUUGA